AAUGCAAUGCACCGGCGUUACGUCCGUCAGUUCGCGAGUUGGCACGACGGCGGUGUGUUCGUCGCUUCGAUAUCGACACGGUCGAUAACGCUCCUCUCUUUUCCUUUCUUUUCCUCCCCCUCUUGUUUUCUCCAAUUCCUUUUCUCUUUCUGUUAUUUUUUUUUAAAUUUUAAACAUUAUCCCCCCCGAAACCCCGACGACGCUCGGCUCGUCAGAAGCGUGAAUCCCGCGCCGAAGGAAACGGAAGGAGCGCAGACCUCUGCGGCUUUUCGCGCAGAAUCACCGUCGAUAUCACCACCAUCGUCGUGCCGAUCCCUUCGUUCAUCCGGUAAAGUUGAGAGAACGGCCAAGAACGACGGUCGAUUGGAGAUAGAGGGAGAAAGGGAGAGGAAGGCUUUCGUCGGAGUGUCACGAUUGUAGUGUGUGUUACGAUUUUUUGGACCGAACGCUGAUCGACUGGGCCGCAGUCGGCGCGCGAUCCUUCGAUAAUUGGAGGACCGAGGAGACGAUUGUGUGCGAGGACGCGUGGUGGACCUCACUCCGAUCUAUCUAAAGCAGACCUGAGGGCAGCUGGUGCCGCAACAUGUCGAUCAUAAUGCAGUAUAUAGAUCGGUUCCACGACAUGCUGGACAAACACGCAGACACGAGGACGACCAAUUGGUUACUGAUGAGCUCACCUUUCCCCACGUUGUUCAUCUGCCUGAGCUACGUCUACGUCGUCAAGGUGCUCGGACCGAAGAUCAUGGAGAAUCGCAAACCCUUCCAGCUUAAAGACACCUUGGUAGCCUACAACCUGUUCCAAGUGAUUUUUUCCGCAUGGCUCUUCUACGAGAUAGGGAUGUCCGGAUGGCUGACUGGAGACUAUUCUCUAAGAUGUCAACCCGUAAACUACAGCGACAAGCCUGAAGUGUUGAGGAUGGUCCACGCAAGCUGGUGGUAUUACUUCUCGAAAUUUACCGAAUUCAUGGACACGAUCUUUUUCGUGCUAAGAAAGAAGAAUAAUCAUGUGUCCACGCUGCAUGUGAUCCACCACGGCUGCAUGCCCAUGUCGGUCUGGUUCGGGGUCAAGUUCACGCCAGGUGGCCACUCGACCUUCUUCGGUUUGUUAAACACCUUCGUCCACGUCGUGAUGUACACCUAUUACCUUCUGGCGGCGAUGGGUCCAAAGGUCCAGCCGUAUCUCUGGUGGAAGAAGUACCUGACUGCCUUCCAGAUGCUGCAGUUCAUCGCCAUCAUGGUCCACGCUUUCCAGUUGCUCUUCAUCGAGUGCGACUACCCGAAGGCGUUCGUCUGGUGGAUCGGCCUGCAUGCCGUCAUGUUCCUCUUCCUGUUCAAGGAGUUCUACCAGCAGAGCUACCAGCAGAAGAAACCCUGGAAGUCGCUGAUGAACGGCGUUCUCAAGGGCGAUUGUCAUCAAUCGAAGGCCAAGCACGCGAACGGCGUCGCGAACGGCGUCGCGAACGGCGCCGCGAACGGAACCGCGAACGGCGUCACGAACGGCGUCGCGAACGGCGUCGCGAACGGCUCCUCGCCCAGGAGGAGGGAUGCCGCCGAUUAUUACGUGAAAGGCGAAAGCCUAGCGACGGAGCUCAAUCUCCGAAAAUCGUUUGCAACGAAAGUCGAGUGACCCUCGAGCGAGCGCAUAGCCUAGUCGAUCUUCUCUCGCCACGACGUCUUUUUCUUUUUCCUCCGCGGAAUCGCCGAAGGAUUCGCGGGCCUUCACCCCUCUGUCUCUUUCUCCCUCUCUCCCCCCAUCUCUCUCCCUUUACCUUUAAUUUGCCGCAUUACCUAAGCACGAAGGGUUGAAGGCCCCGCCGAGGUCGACGCAUCUUUUCUAUCGAAAAAGAAAAAGAGCGCAAAAUUACGUCGCACGUAUUCGGCUCGCGGUGUAUGUCGUACGUCGAUGCACCUCAUUGACGGUACGAUACUUGACGAGCGCGACCGUAAUCCGGUGACUGACGCAGAAGGAUGCUCGGGCGGAUCGUGUCCCUGCUGCUCCCGCGGUCGUAGACGAUACCAGAGAGUAACGAGUCGUUUGAAUCGGGUGACGAAACGCUCGCACAUAAAUAAUUGUGCGCGGUAUUCGGUGGCCUCUACGAUAAUUUACGCCACUCGCGGAGCAAACAGUUCUUGUUGGGCCGGUUCAUUUUGCGCGAUCGUGAAAGAAACGAGAGUCAUUCCUGCAAAUGGUGUAGGUCAAAUUGCAAGGUGUAAUCUCUGGGAAUUUUUAAGACGGUCCGUGACAUUUGCGUGGCAUAUAUUACCCUUUUCUUAAUUAUUUUCGUAACACCCGGUUAACCGUCGUAUCUUAUUAAUUCCCAUACAGCAUAAGAAUGUCCAGUAACAUUGCAGCAACAUUGCAAUGUUGCUGCAACGUUGCUGGACGUUCUUGUGCUGUAUGGGUUGCUUCAGCGCAUUGAGAGCAAUUAAUAAUCGCUGACAAAAUCGCGGGUAGUCAGGGGGAAGAUCGGGAGGUAGAGCUCGGGGAAGAACCGGUCUGAAAUGCGACAUAAAUUAUCCUUCCGGAAACCGGGUAGCCCGUGGUGAAUGAAACACCUUGAUGAAAUUCCUUAUUCGCCGCUUUCGCAGUUUGGAACUACUUGGGAUAAAUCGAUUUCGUUCUCAGCGCGCGCGCGCGACGCGGCCGGUGUUCCCGUCGCUUCGACAAAAAUAAUCUCCGUCAAGGCUUCGGCGCGAUCGCGCGUUUCCCACCGGUCUCGAAAAAAAUUGCCGACUCACCGGCCGGCGGCGCGGCAUUGCA